AUGACUGUUUCUCAACCUGUGAAAGAACAUUCAAAAAGACGGGUGGCUUACUAUUACGAUUCAAACAUCGGAAAUUACUACUAUGGUCCGGGACACGUUAUGAAGCCCCAUCGAAUUCGUAUGGCUCAUGAGCUCAUCCUCAACUAUGGACUCUAUCGCAAUCUUUCCAUCUAUCGUCCAACACCUGCUUCUUUCAAGGAUAUAACACGUUUUCAUUCUGAGGAAUAUGUUAAUUAUUUGAAAGGAGCUAAUUUAGAUAACGUAACAUCCUUCGGUAUCAAUAACCAGUUUUCGUCAGUCCUAACAAAUGAUGAUUGCCCCAUGUUCGAUGGUCUGUACGACUUCUGCAGGCUUAGUUGUGGAGGAUCUCUGGCAGCCGCGGUGAAACUAAACAAAAAAAAAGCCGAUAUUGCAAUUAACUGGAUGGGAGGCUUACAUCAUGCAAAAAAGAGCGAAGCUUCUGGAUUCUGCUACACCAACGACAUUGUUAUUGGAAUAUUGGAAUUGCUGAAACACCACAAACGUGUUCUUUACGUAGAUAUCGAUAUUCAUCAUGGAGACGGUGUCGAAGAAGCUUUUUUCACAACCGACAGAGUUAUGACAGUUUCCUUUCAUAGACAUGGGGAUUUCUUCCCAGGAACUGGUGAUAUUACUGAUAUCGGAGCAGGAAAAGGAAAAUUAUAUUCUGUAAAUGUUCCACUCGCGGAUGGUAUCAGAGAUGAGGCUUAUAAAAAUCUUUUCGAAAAAGUUAUGGAUGAGGUUAUGUAUAGAUUCCAACCGGAAGCAGUGGUCCUUCAAUGUGGAGCCGAUUCUUUAAAUCAAGAUAGGCUUGGAAGAUUCAAUCUGACUCUUAAAGGUCAUGGUAACUGUGUGAGCUACUUUCGUUCGAGAGGAUUACCAUUAAUGUUGGUUGGUGGUGGUGGAUAUACUCCAAGAAACGUAGCUCGCUGCUGGGCAUAUGAGACAGCAUUGGCCGUCGACAUGGAAGUUUCUAACAAUAUCCCAUUCAACAACUACUACGAAUAUUUUGGACCGGAUUUUCAACUUCACAUCGAUCAAAGACCAGUUAAAGACGAUAACAUAGAUCUUGAUAAAAAGAUAGAAACGAUUUUGGACAAUUUAAAGCUGCUGAAUCCCGUCCCUAGUGUUGAACGAAAAACAUCGCCACCAGAUGCUGUAGUUCCCGAUGAGAAGAUUGUAGUAGAAUACGCUGAUCCAGACGUUACUUUACCUCAGGAGUUGGAGGAUUCAAUAAUUCAACAUGAGGGGGAAUUCUUUGAUCAUGAGCGUGAAGGUGAUGAUCGUAGAAAUGAGCACAACGGCAGAUUAUCUGCGGAAUAG